AUGGGUUCCGAAUCCGAUGCCCAAUCUAAGCUACCUAUCAUAGAAUUCAACGAGGAAAACUUGACUCCCGGUACAACUUCUUGGCUAUCAACUUCUGACCUGGUUCGUCAAGCCCUUGAAUCCUAUGGGUGUUUCCUAGUAAAAUACAAAAAACUUUCUCAGGAGUUGCAUGACAAAAUGUUCGAACUUUCAAAACAGUUAUUUCAACUCCCAACUGAAAUCAAAGUACAAAACACUUCUAAUAUUCUUGGCUUCGGCUAUGGUACAAACUUUUCUUUCAUGCCCCUGGUUGAGUACUUCGGUAUCGAAAAUGGGGCAACUCUUAAAGCGACCGAAGAAUUCACCAACCUCAUGUGGCCAGCCGGAAACUCAAGUUUUUGUGAAACUGCUUUUUCAUACUCGAAGCUGCUAUCGGAAUUGGAUCAUGGUGUAAUGAGAAUGGUUUUUGGAAGUUAUGGUGUGGAGAAGUACUUGGACCCUCUGAUCAAAUCUUCUUUCUACCUCAUGAGGUUCUUAAAGUACCGAGCACCCAAGACUGAUGAGAUCAAUAUUGGUCUUCAUCCUCAUGUGGACAAAGGCUUCUUGGCCAUCCUUGAUACUAAUCAAGUGACUGGACUAGAAAUACAACUGAAACAUGGUGAAUGGAUCACUUAUGAGCCAUCAACUUCACUGUCAACCUUCCUGGUCAUAGCGGGAGAGCCUUUUCAGGCAUGGAGCAAUGGAAGAGUGCAUGCUCCACUACAUAAAGUAGUCAUAAGAGGAACUGAAGAGAAAUACACCAUUGGACUGUUCUCCUUCAUGCGUGAGAAGGUGAAAAUUCCGGAAGAAUUAAUUGACGAGAAGAACCCGCUACAGUUCAAGGACUUCAAUCACUUGGACUUUCUUGAAUUUCUACGAGGAGGGAAAUAUAAAAUGGAACGUCCAAUCGUGGCCUUCUGUGGUGUUUGA